UGCUGUCUGAAUCCCGCGACUUGUGUUGGUGGACUUCUUGUUGUAGUGUGCCAAUCGACUCGAGUCGGCGGCAUUAAGCUCGAAGAUGUCAUUCACGAAAGAGUUCAUGAUGGACAUGGCCUUCGAGGCGAUGCCUGUGUCCAGAUGAACCUGAUGCAGCACCUUAUAUAUCACCUUCACCUUCGAUGCCUUCUUGGCGGACUUGCCUGA